AUGGCUCCUAUCCUCGCUUCCUAUUCAGUUGAUAAGUGUCCCAAGGUGUACGAGGAGUACAAGUUCACCCUACCGGAUCUGUAUCGUGAACUGGCCAAAGAGGAACUUCGUGAGGAUGAGGUGGUUCGUGAGAAAGCCCUCGCAGAAAUGCGUCACUGGAUUGCGGAAAACCCGUACAUCUUCAAGUGUCGUACGGAUGCAAAGUUCUUGCUGCGCUUUCUCCGCUUCCGUCAGUUCUCCGUACCGCUGGCUUGCGAGGCACUGGAGCGCUAUCUGACCGUUCGGGAGCUGUAUCCGAGCUGGUUCAAGAACCUGGACUGUUCUGAACCGGUCAUGAAGGAAAUUUUUCACAACGGACCAUUCAUCUUGCUCGGUUGGGAUACGGCUGGACGAAUGGUGGGAUUUUCCCGGUUCGCUAGAUUCGACGGGCAGAGCCACAGUCCCUACCAGGAUGGUCGUUUUAUGGCGCUCGUUAUGGAGACGAUGCUGGAGAGCGAAGAGUUCCAGAUCGGUGGUUGUCAUGUUUUGAUCGACUUCCUAGAUAGCACCGUAAGAAAUUUCGAAAAAUGGAGUACGACCGAUUUGAAAAUCAUGAUGGAGGCGUACAGUCACUCGUACCCGGUACGCUACGGGGACAUUCAUGCGGCAGCGCUGCCAAAGUUUGCCGCACCCGUGAUCGAUACGUUCCUGUCGUUCGCGAAUCCGAAGAUGCGUGAGAAAAUCAAUUGCUAUUCUUCGACUGAGGAAAUUGAGAAAUAUUUCGAAACUCCACUAAAACCGGCAUUGUACGGUGGAACAGUGGAUUUGGAAGAAGCGAAUCGUGACCUGUGGAAGCGUUUCGAGGAACAGCGCGAAGUAGUGCUCGGACUUGAUCGUAUGGAGAUCGAUUUGGAUUACUACGCUUCUCGGUGGAACUUUGAAGGAAAUACACCGGAUGAGAUUGCAGCCGGCGCCAUGUUUAAUCGUCUAAACAUGGCCUAA